CGCAGACUUGUGUUUCUAGUCUAAAUCACGAGGAAUACUCUUUGUCUUGUCCAGAUCAACUCGUUUGCGCCAUUUCUCGAGCCCUAGCGACUGCUCCGGCCCGUCGAGACCGGCAGCAUGAAGUUAUCACUUCCGCGACUUGCGGCCCGGCAAGGCCUCGGAGAGCCAUUGUCGCACACAUUUUCUCCUAUCAAAUCUUCUCGUCUCUCCAACCGAUCCUCAUACACGCUAUACUUCCCGCAGCCCUACCUCCGGCACUCACAGCGACAUAUCAGCAAUGCCGCAGCUUCCCUCAAACAAGACAGCGCACAGAGAAGCGAACACCCACCCUCCCACAAAGCUCACCCUCCCUCGACCUCUAAAAAACCAAGCCAAUCCUUCCCGACGUCAUCAAUAUCAGAACAAGUCCGCCUCCUUAUGCGCCGAGUCCCCUACCCCGUCGCCAUCAUCACAUCCACCGAUCCAACCGGUCCCGCAGAUACCACUUCCUUCCGCGGAAUGACUGUCUCCUCUUUCAACACAGUAACACUCACACCGGAGCCGGUAAUAUCAUUCAACGUACGCCGGCCCUCUGAGACACUCAACGCACUACUCGCCUCAGGCCGAUUCCUAGUACAUCUCCUCGCGCCGAGUUCCGCAACCGCAACUCUAGCUAGAGACUUCUCCAAGGGGAAUACUACCCUCGCAACGAUGUUGAGUGGACAUGGAGAGUUUGAGUUCGAACCUUUGCGCUCUGGCAGCGAAGCCGAGAGGCCUCUUCCUAUUUUGAGGCGGCGAGGGUCAGACUCGCAUAGUCGUCUGGACUUCCCAUUCGUCUUCGAGUGCAGGCUUCAUCCGCAGAAGAUUGAUGUGCAGGAUCACUCAAUCGUGCUGGGAACAGUUCUGCGAGCUAUCGAAGGCUCAGGAGAUCUGCUCUCUGGCCAAAGCUGUGCGGGAGAAUCUCCAGAUGAGCAUUCGCCGGAACACUUGUGUCUCACUUAUGCCAAUACCAAAUUCUGGAAGAUGGGCGGUGAAAUAUAAAAUAAAUUCCAUCUGAAGAAGGCAUGGCGAAGCCAAUGGCUUUGGGCUACGUCGCACUGUACAUAUACUAUACAUGGGGUUGGCGUUUACAGUACAUAUAUUUAGAUUUGUCCAUAGAUAUUCAAGUCAUUGAAGGCCAUCUUGGCCGGGACUCA